AUGUCAGAAGCGAAGGUCCCAAGCAUUCACGGGCUUCUGAAUUGCAAUUUGCACUACACGUCACUGACUGUUUUGCCACAUGGUCAAAUUGAAAGGCACUGGUACCCGUGUGGACAAUGGACUUGCAAGUCGCAUCCAUUGCAUUUUUCAUGGUAUCAAAUAACCUCACUAGUUAUGUUUUAAUUACGUAACUCCCCCUCUCCCCCUCUCCCCCUCUCCCUCUCCUGAGUGCUUUGCUUAAAGGCACUGAGUUUUCACAGUGGUCUCAGUUGAACUGAAGCAUCAGUUUCUUUAUUUGCUUAAGCACAUGGACUCUGCGCUUGUUAGGUCCUUCUCCAAAGCAUCUUUGGGUGGGAACGUUCGGAGAAGGGAUAAUCUCCACAAGAACUGCUUUUCAGGUUCAUAUGUAGCAGUCAGAGUUUCAAGGCGCAGAGCAUGGGAUAUCCUAGAAAGUUACUGUGGUGUUGGAUUUCAGCAACAUAUUUUUCAGCAAAAUACCAGAGGCACUAAGGAAAAGUCUACAUUCUACAGGAGGCAUGAUAAAAAGUUCUUGGUGAAUGCUACUACAGGCCACCCUCUUGAAUCUGAAUCUAAAGCCUAUAAUCCGAAAAGCAUAUGGAACUCUAUCAAAAAUGCCAUAGAUGCUUUUUACAGGUUUUCAAGGCCGCACACAGUUAUAGGCACAGCAUUAAGCAUAAUUUCAGUUUCUCUCCUUGCAGUCAAGAAUCUGUCAGAUUUGUCUCCAUUAUUUUUCACGGGGGUGCUGGAGGCUGUAGUUGCUGCUCUCUUUAUGAAUAUUUACAUUGUUGGGUUGAAUCAGUUGUCUGACAUCGAUAUAGACAAGGUUAACAAGCCUUAUCUUCCGUUGGCAUCUGGGGAAUAUUCAGUUGGAACCGGCAUCAUGAUUGUGACAUCUUUUCUAAUUAUGAGCUUUUUGCUUGGAUGGGUUGUUGGUUCAUGGCCAUUGUUUUGGGCCCUUUUCAUCAGUUUUGUACUUGGAACUGCUUAUUCAAUCAAUUUGCCAUUAUUGAGAUGGAAGAGGUCUGCUGUGGUUGCUGCAAUGUGUAUCCUAGCUGUUCGGGCAGUGAUAGUCCAACUUGCUUUUUUCCUGCACAUGCAGAUGCAUGUGUACAAAAGACCCGCUGCCUUCUCGAGGCCACUAAUCUUUGCAACUGCAUUUAUGAGCUUCUUCUCAAUUGUUAUAGCAUUAUUUAAGGACAUACCUGAUAUUGAUGGAGAUAAAAUAUUCGGCAUCAGGUCUUUUACAGUACGCAUGGGACAAAAGCGGGUCUUUUGGAUUUGUAUUUCGCUACUUGAAAUGGUUUACAGUGUUGCCAUUUUAGUGGGAGCAUCAUCUGGCUUCACGUUGAGCAAAUGCGUCACGGUUUUGGGACAUACAAUUUUGGCUGUGGUACUGUGGAACAGAGCCAAAUCUGUCGAUCUCAACAGCAAAGCUGCAAUCACAUCCUUUUACAUGUUUGUAUGGAAGGUAAAUGCUUACUACCACUACUUGAAUGCAACUGCAGUGGAAUAAAGUAUAUCAAAAACCAAAGGUGACCCUAAUUUGCCUCAUCAGUUUUGCUGUUAACAUCUUACAAACAUUCCACACGCUAAUUCAAGCCCUCAUAUUGCUGUUUCUAGUAUUGCUUAUUGGUUGCUUUAUCUUUAUCGAGGGCUCGAAUUUUGUUCAGGCACAACAAAUGCCUAUAUUCUUGGAGAUGAGAAAAUCCCUCAAAAACUCUUUAAGAACUGUUGGUUUGUGCGGUCUGGAAAUUGGACUCCGUCUGGAGACUCCAACCUAAGACCGAUUUCCAGCUUUACUUGUUUCAACGUGCCAGUUGCUACCAUUGAUUUUAUGGAUUGUACACAACUUGUUUGUGAUUUCAUUUAUGUAUGUUUAAAUUCCAAUGUGGCAUACGUUUUAUUCAUUUCUUUCUGUUUUCUUCUUGCAGCUUUUCUACGCUGAGUAUCUACUUAUACCGCUUGUUAGAUGACGAUGCAACUUAUUUCAGAGUAAAGGUUGUUUUCGGAAUCUUAAGAGG